GGGUCCGUAAAUGUGUGUGUGGGAGAGAAAGGGGAGAAACAUAAAGAACUUUCGCUUGUUAUCUUUUGGGUUUGGCGGUGUGGCCUAGGAGAGAGGAGUUGCUUUGUGGCCCCUUCAGUGGGGAUCAGCUUCUUUGGUCCCUGGGGCUCUGGUCGCUGUCGCCUCGGCUGAUGACAGACAGGCGAAGGUUCUGAGGCUUUCUUAAGAAUGCCAGUACCUCCAAAACUUCAAGAGCCCCCUGGUGAAUAUAAAGCAGCACAUCGUGUUCCACAGUUGAUGACACAUGAGAUUCAAUCGUAAUGACCGUGUUCUCCAUCUGACUAAAGUAUCAAAGGCAGCUCUUUUAUAUGUAUUGAAACAUACAAGGUGUAUAUUUGGAAUUAGAGCUUCAUCCCACCACAUUAUCCCUAUUCUGGAUGUUCUGCAUUAAAUAAUAUAAAUGCCGCAAAAGCAUUAAGCAUGCGGGCACCAUGGAAUUAUAAAAAGAGACUUCAGAUCCUGUUUUAUUGCAGAGCUGCUACUCAUUUACAUAUUUGUUGAAGUUACUUGUGUUUUAAUCUUGACUGAGCAGCUCCCAGUGUAAAGGAAAUGACUGGGGCCUUUCUGUUCCUCCCAGUGAGCCAGCGUGUUAAUAGACUAUGACAAGCUAUCGACCUGUUCAAAAUGCAAAGGUGGAGGUUGGUGGAAUGGUCAUAGGUGGAGUGGACUUUCUUGAAGGUACGAACACAUGUGAUUACUAUGCAUCUCCAUUCAGGGCCCAGAAUGGGAACAUUUGCUCGCUGGGUGAAAAUGUACCCCGUGCAAAUUCAACCCCUGCCAUGCCAAAAAUGGGAGUCCGAGCUCGAAUUGCUGACUGGCCCCCAAAACGAGAUGUAACAAAAGAUGUCGCGAGGGACUUUGGUGGAUCAAUGGUGGACACUGAACUUACAAGUUUUCAUAGUGGGCAAUAUUGCCUGAACUAUGAAAAUGCUUCCCAUCCCCCUCAGGCCCGAGGCCUGCACCAUAUACCUCGAGGGAAGUCAAAAGAAGCAGAGUUCCAAGGUUACUGGCCCAGGUCCCCAGCCAAAAUGUUUGUUCCAUUGAGAGUUCGAAGUAACAGUGAGGUUACUCUCAAUGAGCACGAUGCAGAAGGAGCCCUAGAGCUUAAAGGAAAUGGAAUGCUACCCUUGAGGGAAUAUGGUAGCACUUCAUCUAUUGAUGUGAGUGGCAUGUCGUCUGAAAGCUUUUUUGAUAUGUUGAAAGAGUUCAAAAAUGAGAAGAUUGAUCAACGGAGUUCAGUACCAGAGAACCUCAAGAAGCUCCUACGGGCUGAUGUAAGCAUGGCCUCCAACCUGAAUCUAGCAGGUAACAGCAAGACUGAUGACAGUCAAAGUGAAUCAUCUCAGAGAGACGAACCCAAGAGCACAGGCAAGGAUCGAGAGAAAUCACGUAAAAAGCAGUCUCGGAAUGAAAGUGGUGAAUCGAUCUUGAAGAAACUGCGCAGCAACAAAAGUGAGCAUGAAUCUGGGAGAUCCAGCUCGGACAAUGAAGACAAUAAGUCCCAGGAUAGCAAUAAGCCAUGGGUUUGUCAAAAGAGCUUUGCCCAUUUUGAUGUGCAGAGUAUACUAUUUGAUCUCAAUGAAGUGGUGAGCAACAGGAACUAUGUACCAUACCGGAGAAACACCACAACUGGUGCCUCAGCUGCAUCAGCUGCUUCACUUGCUGUGUCUCGGUCUCAUGCUCUGGGAGGACAGGAUUCUGGCUUCACUAGCACUGAGGAGGUGAACGGCAAAGAGAAUCUGGAGCCAGAUCUCGGUGACAGCAAUUGCAACGAUCUGCUCCUAAACUGCCCUCAUUUCCGCAAUGAAACGGGUGGGACCUGUGAGCAUAAUAUCAGCUUAUCAAAGGCAAGUAUGAAUGCAGGCCUGGGUCUCGGUUGUGAUGGUGGAUUUCCAAAGGUGGUUUGGAACCCAUACUGCACAAAUGCAAGUGUUUCUGAACUCGAGGUCCCAAAAGAGAGGCAACUCCGCCAGGAAAGACUGAAACAAUUCAGCAUCGAGCAUGUGGAUCGGGGAGCCAAAUAUUAUCAGGAUUACUUCCAUGGGAAAGAACACUGGAAUUAUUUUGGAGUGGAUGAAAAGCUGGGCCCAGUGGCAGUGAGCAUCAAGAGGGAAAAACUGGAGGACAGCAAAGAGCAUGGACUCCAGUACGUCUACCGAAUAAUCUUCAGGACAAGUGAGCUCAUUACACUAAGAGGAGCAAUCCUGGAGGAUGCGGUUCCGUCAACAUCAAAACAUGGUACAGUGCGAGGGCUCCUGCUGAAAGAGGUAUUGGAAUCUGUUAUACCAGAACUGAACAUUCAGUGUCUGCGGCUGGCUUUCAGCACUGUAAAAGUGACACAGCAGCUGCUAAAACUGGAUGAACAAGGGCUCAGCAGAAAGCAUAAAGUCGGUAUUCUGUACUGUAUGGCUGGCCAGGGCACUGAGGAGGAGAUGUACAACAAUGAAGAAGCAGGCCCUGCAUUUGAGGAAUUCCUGGAGCAGCUAGGAGAAAAAGUGCUUCUUAAGGGCUUUACAAAAUAUGCAGCUCAACUGGACACAAAAACUGACUCGACUGGUACGCACUCUUUGUACACAACUUACCAGGACUAUGAGAUCAUGUUCCACGUGUCCACCAUGCUUCCAUAUACCCCCAACAAUCGGCAGCAGCUCCUCAGGAAACGGCACAUUGGCAACGACAUUGUUACCAUCAUUUUUCAGGAACCUGGGGCACUGCCAUUCACACCAAAGACUGUACGCUCUCAUUUUCAGCAUGUGUUUGUCAUUGUAAGGGUCCAUAAUCCAUGUACUGAGAAUGUGUGUUACAGCGUGGCAGUGACCAGGUCCAAGGAUGUCCCACUCUUCGGGCCACCCAUUCCAGAUGGCUUCUCUUUCAGCAAAUCCGAUGUUUUCCGAGACUUUCUGCUGGCCAAGGUCAUCAAUGGAGAGAACGCAGCGCACAAAUCGGAGAAGUUCCACGCUAUGGCAACUCGGACGCGGCAUGAAUACUUGAAGGACCUGGCGGAAAAUAGUGUCACAAACACACCCGUGGAAUCCGCUGGAAAAUUUAACCUCAUUUUGUUGACCACCAAAAAGAAGGAGAAAACGAAGCCCCGUGUGGGGGCUGAACUGUACAGUGCUGGGGCGAUUACAUGGCGGGUUUACGCACAGGAUUACAGCCAGGGAGUUGAGGUGGAGUGCAUUCUAGGCAUCUCGAAUGAAUUUGUGGUGGUUAUUGAGCAAGGAACCAAGGAGGUGAUGUUCAACUGCUUUAGUGGGGAUGUAAUAGGCUGGACUCCCGAUGCAUCCACGCUUAAAAUUUUCCAUGGGAGAGGUGACUACAUAUUUGUGCGAAUGUUAGAGGAGAAUGUGGAUGACAUUAAGGAAAUUGUUCAAAGAUUAAAGAUUGUAACAGAAGGAUGUGAAACCAUUGACAUGACGCUGCGGAGGAAUGGGCUUGGGCAGCUUGGGUUUCACGUCAAAUACGAUGGCACAGUGGCAGAGGUGGAAGAAUAUGGAUUUGCUUGGCAAGCUGGGCUGAGACAGGGAAGCCGACUGGUUGAAAUUUGCAAGGUGGCUAUAAUAACACUGACUCAUGAUCAGAUGAUUGAUCUUUUGAAGACAUCAGUGACUGUGAAGGUGGUCAUUAUCCCACCCCAUGAAGAUGGGAACCCUCGCAGGGGUUGCUCAGAGUUGUAUGAAAUGCACAACAUGGACAUGAAAGGUGAGAAUGACAACAUACCACGUGGAUUGAGACCACCAUACAGAACCAACGCCCUGCAGUGGAGUAAUCCCACGACUCACAGUGCAUCACCGUCUCAGCGUUGGACAGGGUCUACACACAAUCCAAUAUCGAACUGGAGCCAGGCCCCCAAACAACAGGGAGUCCCAGUUGCGUAUAGUGACUCACAAGCAAAGAACAGCAAGCGCCCAGUUAGCUACCCGGAAACUAUCUACAGUACAGCAUCCACUGCUGCAGUCGAAAGAGGUCAGCCAUUUCGUAACCCUUCUGGAAGCUUCUCUUCACCAGCCUCAGGAGGCAUUCUGUCCAGUCGGCAAAAAGCUAUCAAUGACAGGUUUGGAGGAGGUGCAGGCCAACGUCCAGUUGCACCUUAUGAGCAUCACAACAGAGAUGAUGUGAUGUCAAGUGGUGAUUCCUUAUCUGGAGGAUUAACCAGCCAGGACAGCACAAUUGAGCGAAAUAAGAAUGAUCCUGUGUGGCACGUGCCUACUGCGCCCAAAGUUUAUUCACCUUCCGGAAACAAUAUCAAUAAGCGUCUCGCUAGACAAGAGCUAGCAGGCAAGGAUUCCCCCAACAGGCAUUCCAAAGGGGAUGCCCACUACUCAAGCCAGUCAAGUAGCAAUACUCUGUCCAGCAAUGCUUCCAGCGGCCACAGUGAUGAAAGAUGGUUUGACAGUAUGGAGCAUAUGGAGGUUGACCUUGAGACCUCUGCGAAAGGAGCAUCCAGUGACAGCGGCAUUGAUACCACCCUCCAUGCCUCCAGUCCAUUUGCUUCAGGUGCAGUAACAGCUAAAUCUGCAAGGCCAGCACCAUGGAGAGAGAAACCCCAGAAACCAAUGCAGACCUCGGCCACCUACAGCGGACUGCAGGAGUACAACAACCGGGUAUUCGACCGGACACCACCUCACCUGGAGAGGAGGAGGGACUCCUCACCAACACUCAGCACCAAUGGCCAAAAUAAAGGAUAUAAAAUAAAAACCUGUGGUCCUCCGAAUAACACCAGCUUCAGUGUGAACAGUAACGAAAACAUGCAUCUGAGCACUGUAAAUUGCAGACCGGGACAGACCCCUCACAUUUACAAGACCCCACCUGCGGAAGUAUCUAAGCUACCGGCAGUACAUGCCCAGCUCUCGGCCUCUGCCCCCAAAUCUUUCUACUCCUAUCAGAAUGUGAAGAAUUUGUGCCCAACUGGCUGGAAAAAACCAACCACUACCCCGUGCCGAUCAUCUGGAUUCGCAGAAACAAAAACGACUUCCAGCGUUGUCUCUACAAAUGUCUUUGGGCAGCCCAGGUUGCGAGCUUCCCUCCGAGACCUCCGGUCACCACGCAAGUCCCACAAAUCAACCCUUGAAGAAGAUUUAAAGAAGCUAAUUUUGUUGGACAACCCUUUGCCAGAGCAAGAUAAAGAAAUGCUACAUUCUUCACGAAAGACACUGCAGAGGACUCUGUCAGAUGAGAGCAUCUGCAGUGGACGGAGGGAAGCCGGUUUGUCCAGUUCCCAGAUUGCAGCUCUUGACCAGGCACUGCCAAACGAUGUGAUCUUCACCAGCACGUACCCUUCACAAACACUGCCCACACGCAGAUUGACCCAGCCUCCAGCAGCAAUAAGUCUUGAAAAGAAAUCAAACAUGUCUGCCUCUGAGCUGUCCUUGACUGAUGUCCGUGACCGAGUUCCUGUGCGUCGUACUGAUCCGGGACUGAUGCCUCUGCCGGACACAGAGUCUGAAUUGGAAUGGUCCAGUCUGGUCAAUGUUGCCAAAGCGUAUGAGGUCCAGAGAGCUGUCUCCCUGUUCUCGCUGACCGAUGCAUCUAUUGGAUCAGAGGUUGGACCGGCUUAUCCUGUACAUAUGCAUAAUACCCUGGAACGACAGUCCUCACCCCGCGUACCACAUAUUUUAAGUGAUGAGCCAGGCUUGGCACUAACUGGCAAAGUCUACCAGCUUGAGAUCCAAUUGAAGCAACUCCAGGAUGAUCUGCUGAAGGAGAAAGAGGAUAAAAUUGUCCUGCAGGCGGAGGUGGCAAACCUGAGGGUUAACAAUCAGCGUCUCCAAGAGGAAUCCCAUUCAGCCACCGAGCAGCUGAGGAAAUUUGCGGAAAUAUUUUCCAGCACGAUAGAGAAAAAGUGAAGCCAACCAGCUCUCCCACAGCAUCUCAGCCCAGUUUAUUUCCUUUCGUUUGGUCGUCCAUCCUUUUUGGAGUAACUGUAACCUGGAGGCAUGGCCCAUCUCGGGGUGGAAGAUUCCAGAACAUGCUGAACCACAGCAGCCAUUUUACAGAAGGUGCAGGCAGUGGCAUACUGACAGAGCUCGAGAGGAGGAACGUGAGCUGUUCGGCAUCACUUGGUCAGCAGCUGGUGGACACUGCGACACAUCCUUUCACAUCACUAGAAUGGAACUGGUCAGUCAGAACGGUUUCUGAAUAUCCUCCAGCGAUGGUUAAAUCUGCAAGCUUUACCUGAGCCCUCCCUCCCUAUCUCCCAACUCCUGCCAGCUACCAUAAAUCAAUAAUUAUUAUCCAUUGAUACAUGUUUGAUCAACUGUCUUCCUCCAACUUACUAAGUUCAGUCAAGACUGUCAGGGUGAUGCGCUUUCGCAGAAAGCAGCAGCUUUUAUUUUUUUUAAAAGAAACCUUACUGGUAGAAAUUAAGCUUCAGUAAAUGUAGGGUGCCAUUUUUAAUUAGUUUUAUUUUUAAAACUUUUUUGUUUCACUCCCAGUUGUUCCUAGCUGCACUACUCCGGGUCCCUUCGUGGGAACAAAAACCAGAGUGUCCUGGAUAUCUUCUCACGUCACCUUUUGUCUCAAAAUUGGUGCACGCAACAACGUGGCGCUCUCGUAUUUGUGUUCAUUUUAAAGUUGCAGAUACACUAAGCAGCAAAACAUCAUCCCUUACACAUAUUAGGAUAUCUGAGUGAGGAGGCUCCGAGUUUAAUCGUCAGUCUGCAGUGACUGAGUUCAGACUGCAGAGUGGUCAGGUGCAACUGCCUCUCGAAUCCUUGAGGAAUUGGGAGGACACUGGGUCUCCAGUCUUCGUCACUGAGCAGUAACUGUCCUUGUGUCCCCUCCACCUCGCCCCCCCCCCCCCCCCCCCCCCUCCCGCGGGACCCUCCCAUCCCAUUUUUGUGUGGGGCAAUUCAACGAUGCUUUCUGUAGCCGAAUAGUUCGUUGCUCUAAUUCUGUGCAUGAUAAAGAGUCAGUGAGGUGAGGUGGAAGGGAUUGGGGAAAUGGUUACCAACCAUGCAACAUUUCCCCUCAACUCGAAGCUUUGAGGGAAGAGGUGGGGUGAUCAAAGUAGGCUGAGAGGCAAACCAUUUAUAACUCAGUGUAGGAGAUUCACCGUAAACCACUUAGUUCGAUGGUAAUGCCAUGCUCUCUGACCUUUGACAAUUUGUGAUGCAAUCAAUAGAUUUCAAUAAAGCUAUUUAAUUUUAUUUGAAAAUUUAAUCAAAAGGUUUUGUUUCCAAUAUUUGAGAAAGUAAUAUUGCAAAUGAUAUUUAAAAAGCAGUCACCCAGGUCUAACAUUAAUAUAGGAAGUUAUUAAAGCACUUUCUCUCAGACUAAAUUAUUUUCUAGAAAAUUCCAUUUUAAGAUCGCUCAGGAAGUUUAAUCUAAUAAAAUGUAAAUGCUCUUUGUAUACGUUAUAUUUGUAUAAAUUGCUUUAGGUUUGUUUUUUUAAUUCAAAACCUUAAUCAAAAUUGGAAUUGCUGAGGUGAAUCGGUAACUACUGAAUAUUCUGGAAUUUUUGUGAUCAUCCCUUUCUUGGGAUUAUACACUGCAGGAAAAGACUAUUGUGGAAAAAAUCGUGUGGAAUGAUUGAUUAAAACAGACAGCCAGCAGCUGAACGUUAGCUGUCAGGUUGAUGCAGUCAUCUUGAUUUGGGCAAACUACGAUUUUAUUUUUUUUGUCAAAACCUGUUCUUGAAAGGGGAACAGUCACAAAAUGAGCUGGACCCUGCCCUCUGGGUUCCUUUGCUUCCUCAUCUGUGAAGAGCUGAGGAGAAAAACACACAUGCACCUUUUCUAGUCUGGCUACAGAUUGGUUCAAAGUGCAGGAUCCCACACAGCAAGUCAAUGCAACUGUCUACUGUUGUCUGGAUUGAGUUUUCACUAGGCCAGCUCCCACCAUAUUAGCAAUUACAAUCAGUGACCAUGUGGGAUUUUAGCGUCUGUGUUCACUCUAACCUAGUUAGAUAACUCCUGGCUGUUCAACACUGAAACAGUUCGACUGAAGAGCUCUUGUUGUUUUAGGCCCUUUUGUCUCCUGAUACAUUUCUACACGCAGCCUCUAAUAUUGUCUCAAUCCAGUGGCCAUGAAAUGGUGCUGUGUGAAUCAUUCAUGCAAGAAUGCUUGACACUCAUUCAUCUGAAAUUGUUUUGCUGGGUCUUAUAAUGGGGAGUUAACGGAGUUAGACAAGCUUAACGCUUUCAGUAAAGGAAUGUUGAAUACGUGAAGCAUCUGUGCACUAGUGCCAUCUCUGAGAACUUCUGCAUUAAUGAACUUUUCAUUGUUUGAAAUAUGUUGAGUGGCUACAGGGAAAUGGGGAGCAGCAGACGCUGGCAGGGAACUCCAAGCAUCCAGUCAAAUGGAUGACACAAACAAUCAGAUCAAUGUGUUGAGUGGUGAGGAGAUUGUUCCAGGCUUAGACUUGCAGCUAGUGUGUGGGUUAUGCAAACGAGAGAGGGAGGGGGAAUGAAAGAUCAGGGAAAGUAGGCUACUGAGGUGAAAGGAUAAUUGAGUGUCUGAUAGUUGAACCUUAUGACCUGGUGUGUCCAGUGUUAGUUUUGCUGCAGAGUUAACCAUGGUGUAUGUUAGAAAGAAUGUGUUCGUGUGUGCUCAGAUAAGAGGGGGGGGGGGGGGAAUAACUUAUUGUGGUUAAACUGCACUACAUGAGUUAAUAUUCUCACUUUUAAAUUUAAACCAAAAACAACUGCCCUCCCUUGUGACUGUUCCCUCAAAGAUAAUGCAAUCUUCUUUGUCGCUGCAUGCUGACAGCAUGUGUGUUUGCGAUUUCUUGUAUAAACUGGAUUACAAAAGAACUUUUUAUAAGACAUUUGUAUAAACAACCUAAAUCUGAAGCUGAACAAGUGAAAGAAAAUGUUCCGAGCUUUGCAGCUGCAACCAACAAUGUCUUAAAAAAAAAAGAAAAGUUUACCUGGAAUUUUAUCGUACUCUGUAAUAUUUGUGUAUAAAGAGUGAGGAAGUCUUAAAUUUUAUUGUUUUUGUGUGGUGCAGAUUUUCCAAUGUACAUUUUGUCUGUGUAGGAUUGUUGAUGUGAUUUUAUUGAUUUGGGGGAGUUUUUUGAGUAGCGUGUAAUUUAUCUGUUAUCAUUUUAUAAAGACAUCAGACUUUUAAAUGAGGUUUGUAUUUAAUUUGUGAUCUUUGUUUUGAUUUCGCUACA